UUAGACCAGCUUAAAUCCACAUUGCAACUCAAUAAAAGAGUGUUUGCUGCCAACCCUGAUAGUCCACUCCAGUCGCAAGCAGUCCAUGAAAUCGACACGGGAGAUGCACAACCAGUAAGAUCCAGACCGUAUCGAGCACCGUUCAAUCGUCAACAGUAUAUUGACAAUCGCGUACAAGAGUUAUUAAAGAACAAAAUAGCUCAAGAAUCCCGCAGCCCUUGGGCCUCGCCAAUUGUUCUUGCUAACAAAAAGGACGGCAGCUUGCGAUUCUGUGUGGAUUACAGGAAGCUCAAUUCGUUAACAAAGCGAGACAGCUACCCCUUACCUUAUCAACAAGAUCUCCUAGACAAAGUGAAUACUGCAUGGUACAGCUCACUAGAUCUUGCCGCGGGAUACUGGCAAAUCCCUCUACACCCUCGAGACAGGGAAAAGACCGCUUUCGUAACACCAAGUGGUUUGUACGAAUUCCUUCGAAUGCCAUUUGGAUUAACCAAUGCCCCAGCAACUUUCCAAAGAGUGAUGGACACCACUUUAGCUGGUCUCAAGUGGGAAUGCUGCCUAGUAUACCUCGACGACAUUAUUGUUUUCUCUUCAACUUUUGAAAAGCACAUCAGCGACCUGGAUAAAGUCCUCAAACGACUGAUUGAGAUGGGAUUCUCACUGAAAGCAUCAAAAUGCCAGCUUUGUGCUACCGAAAUCGAGUACCUUGGUCACAUAGUCACCCCAACAGGUAUCAAACCUAGUCCUGAAAAAGUCAGAUCAGUCCAACAAUAUCCAACACCACAAAGUGUUGCUGAUGUUCGAUCGUUUCUGGGCUUGACCUCAUACUACAGGCGAUUUAUACCAGAUUUUUCCCUAAAAGCAGCAUCGCUCUUCGAUCUUCUUCAUGGUGCAACACCCUGGAAAUGGGAGACAUCAGAAAAAGAGGCAUUUGAAUACUUGAAAACUUCACUAAUCUCAGCCCCAAUACUAGCUACACCACAAAUGACUAGACAAUUUCUAGUUCAAACAGACGCAUCCCACCAUGGCCUCGGCGCGGUUCUAUCACAAUUAGACGAGUCAGGGAAUGAAAAGGUGGUGGCGUACGCGUCGAGGACCCUUCAACAAGGAGAAAAGAAGUGGGACACACGAGAAUUAGAGGCUCUGGCUGUCGUGUGGGCGCUCGAACACUUCAGAAGUUACCUCUUGGGCCGUCAAUUUGAGGUUCAGACCGACCACUCAGCGCUAGAAUGGCUCAAAUUAUCCAACAAACCGGGGCGUCUCGCUAGAUGGGUCCUCAGACUUUCUGAGUUCGACUUUGUGAUUAAGCAUAGACCCGGAUCUGCAAAUGCGAAUGCAGAUGCUUUAUCGAGGAAUCCUACUUCGACUGCUGCGCCAAAGGAAAGCCUCAUUAACAGAUUGCAGACACCAGAUUCAAAUGUUCAAAGUCGACCCGACUCCAUUGACUCUCAAACUUCGAAUACUACAAGCACUAUGAAAGCAGCGUUAGUAUCGUCCAUGGAAAUUGACCACGAAGAAACACAAAGUGGUGAUUCAAUGUACCAAUCAGACGAUAUUUCCCUUGAACCAAGUGCAUUUCAAGCAAUUAGCUCUCCGGAAUUAAUAGAAAAGAUGCGAGAAUGCCAACAAGCCGACCCAUAUCUAAAGAUGAUUUACGAAUACUUACUGAAUGAAAAGCCAAUACCUGCAACACACCCAGAAUUCACCAAACUGAUGAUGAAACUGAAACGAAAUGAGUUUCAUCUAUCGCCGGAUCAGCAGCUGGUUCGCAUCAAGCGCCCUAUACCACAUAGGCGGAUAUCCUUUGAUGCUGUUCUACUGCCUACUUGGCAUCCUCCCAACCACAAAAAACACUUACCAAUUCACGACACGAUCCUCGAAAUCUUUCACAAUUCAGUUUCUUCGGCUCAUGCAGGUUCCAAUGCAACUUAUCACCGUAUGAUACAUAAAGUAGCGUUUCCUAGACUGCUGAAAGCCAUCCAAUACCACUGCAAUCAUUGCCCCUUUUGCCAAAAGCGCAAAACGCCGUACAGCAACAAGCUAGGACUGCUAAGCCCUUUCGUCUUCAAAGAGGACCACAAAGAACCCUUCGCGAGAAUAGCCAUCGACUUGGAAGGGCCACUACCCCAAUCAACGAAAGGAAACAAAUAUUUAGUGGUUAUCACUGAUCUGUUCAGCAAAUGGCCAGAGGCUAUUCCAAUACCCGACAAAACAGCCGAGAACGUAGCUGAUGCCAUUUGUUCGGUUAUGUUUAGACACGGCUUACCUAUUCACAUUCAUUCUGAUCAUGGAUCAGAAUUUAUCGCUGGAGCGCUAGAGCUGGUUGAAAAGCGUCUUCAAAUCAAACAUACUUUUUCAAUAAAGCGAUAUCCUCAGGGCAAUCCAUAUCCCGAGCGCUUCAAUCGUGUGCUUAUCGACUGGCUAGCAGCCACUGUUAAUGAGCAUUUACCCGUCAAACAAAGGUACCUGCAAUGGGACAAAUUAGUUGACGCUGUCCUGUUUGCUUACCGAACUUCUGUCCACAAUACAACAAAAGAGACACCGUUCCGCGUCGUUUACGGAAGAGAUCCAGUUAUUCCUUUUGAUCUCUUAAGCAAACCGCUGGGAAAAAGUCUUGAUCCUGACAUUGUCAAUACAUCAGAAUACACUGAUUCUGCCAUCUCUUACGCCCGAGACGUAUCCCUAAGGUUACAGAUAGCAUGGGAUAUUGUCAGGAAACAUAUCAAAAAGGCACAAACAAGUUCAAAGCAAAUUUAUGACAAGAACCACUAUGACGUAGACUACAAAAUUGGCGAUAUCGUGAUGAGAUGGCUCAUCCCAGCAGACAGAGUCCUCCGCUCCGAUCCAUAUGGAGCCAGGAAGCUACUGUAUCGUUGGGCAGGUCCCUACAGAAUCGUACAAAAGUUGAGUAAUGUUGUCUUUGUUAUCCAACCACUAUCAGCGGAAGUUGAUCAAGACUGGUUGAGAGUACAUGUUUCCCAGAUCGCACCGUUCCAAGUGGAUCAGAGACUGCAUUAUGGGAGCGCUGAAAAAGGUCGAGAAGAGACACCACUUGACGAAAACGGAAGUCCCAAAGCUUCGACAACAAGUCCUGCAGCAGAUCUUCCAAGACUUGGAACAACUAACAUACGUACCAACAAGCAUCCUAACCCAGUGUUGGAACUCCAGGAAAAGCCUCAACAAUCCGAAAUGCCAACGGAGUUGGGGUUGAAGAAAGUUCAACAUGAAAAUGGAAUGGAAUCAUAUGAAGGAAUCGCGUUCACUCGUGCUAAACGAAAACGCAAGCGGAUUCGAUUACUUGAGUCACGUCGCGAGAAGCCUUCCGAAGUCACAGAAACUCGCUUUCAAGAUAAAACACCUCUUCGUGAGGACCUCAAUCGUCCCAAGGUCGACUGGAUGGGUGAUCCACUAGCUCCGAAAGGCUUUUAUAUUCGUGAGGAUCUCGCCAGAACUCGGCGCCAAACCAAAAAGUCGGCCGCUGACUCUUUACGCGAACUCCACAUCAUUGAAGAAACCCCAUUGCAACUAGAGUUUUUCGAUGAGUUUGUUGAUGAUGAUGUAUUCAUGCUGGAGUUUCUCCCUUAUUUAGCUAAAUCCCUCCUUCCAGUUGACGCCGAUCGUCGAAUGAUGACCGGACGUCACCUGUAG